GUAAUACUAUCACCAUUUGAGCCUCCUACUAGCCAUUGCAAUAAUCUACUUCACAUUAACAUUUGAAAAAGAAUGGCCACUUUGCAUCUUUGUCCUCUAAUCAUGUUUUCCAUGCUCUUGUAUUCAUUGGCCUUUUCAUCUGCCUUCACUCCACAAGAUUAUUAUUUUUCUAGUGCCCAGGAAAAAUCUGGCUUCAGUCCUCAAGAUUAUUCUAGUGCUCUCGAAAAAUCAUUGUUGUUCUUCGAAGGCCAGAGGUCAGGGAAACUGCCUCCAAACCAGCGCGUAAAAUGGCGGGCUGAUUCAGGAUUGUCUGAUGGUUCUGCUGCUAAUGUGAACCUUGUUGGAGGAUAUUAUGAUGCUGGUGAUAAUCUGAAGUUUGGUUUGCCAAUGGCCUUUACAACAACGUUGUUGGCUUGGAGUGUAAUAGAGUUUGGGAGCUCCAUGCAGAAUCAACUCGAAAAUGCUAGAGCUGCGGUCCGUUGGGGCUCGGACUAUCUUUUGAAAGCAGCUACUGCGACUCCUGAUACACUCUAUGUUCAAGUGGGUAAUCCUUAUCAUGAUCACUCGUGUUGGGAGAGACCUGAGGACAUGGAUACAUCACGAGAUGUUUAUAAGGUGUCUUCUAGUAAUCCAGGAUCUGAUGUUGCUGCAGAAACAGCUGCUGCAUUGGCAGCCUCAUCGAUAGUGUUUAAACAAUCUGAUCCUUCGUAUUCAGAAAAAUUACUUCAGACUGCCAUAAAGGUCUUUCAAUUUGCAGACAAAUAUAGGGGAUCGUAUAGUGGCUCACUGAGUUCAGUAGUCUGUCCAUUUUACUGCUCAUACUCUGGAUUUCAAGAUGAGCUAUUAUGGGGAGCAUCAUGGAUUUAUCAAGCUACACAGAAUCCAACAUAUUUGAGUUACAUUCAGUACAACGGACAUGUUGAAGGUGCUGAUGAUGAUGAUUAUUCGUUCAGUUGGGAUGACAAGCGACCUGGAACCAAGAUUCUUCUUUCAAAGAAUUUUCUAGAGACAGGAAUAGAAGGCCUAGAGCUAUACAAAACACACUCCGACAAUUAUAUCUGUUCUUUGAUUCCAGGAUCGCCUAAUUUCCAGGCCCAGUAUACCCCAGGGGGACUUCUAUACAAAGGGCAAGGGAGCAAUCUUCAAUAUGUUACAGCCUCGUCUUUACUUCUUUUGACAUAUGCCAAGUAUCUGGAUACAAGCCACGGUGUUGCCCAUUGUGGAUCAGCAACAUUUGCAGCAGACAAGCUCCGCGCAUUGGCAAAGCAGCAGGUUGAUUACAUACUAGGCAAUAAUCCACAAAAAAAGUCGUACAUGGUUGGAUUUGGAAAUAAUUAUCCACAGAAAGUCCACCACAGGGGAUCUUCCUUACCAUCAGUAUACGCAAAGCCUGGUCACAUUUCUUGCGGUGAUGGAUUCCAGUACUUCUACUCUUCCUCCCCAAAUCAAAAUAUCCAUGUUGGUGCUAUUGUUGGCGGUCCUGAUAAUAAUGACAACUUCAAUGAUGAUCGAAAUAAUUAUCAACAGAGUGAGCCUGCAACAUAUAUCAACGCUCCCUUUGUUGGAGCUCUUGCUUAUUUUUCAUCAACAACUUAACUUUUGUUAGCAAAUUAUCAGAAGAUUGUAAAGAUAUUGUCCUCUUGUGUAGCAGGAUUUGCAACAUAAUAUAAAUUAUUAUUCUUAAAUAAA